AGAUUAUGACAGAUGCAGCUUGUGUUCCAGACCUCAACCCCAUAAUUUCCUGGACCCACUGAUCAGCAUAUGGCUCAGAACAAAUGUCCGUUAUGGUCUAUACCCUGCAACGACGGCGAUGGUUGCUAUGGAGUCGAGGAUCUUUGUGAUGGUGAAGCCAAGUGUAAAGAUGGGACUGACGAGAUCUUCAUGGACUGCAGCGGACACACGAGUCCAAAUCCCUUAACUAGCAGUCCAACAGCUUGCUCCACUGGGGGCACCUGUUUGAACCCUGACGGAGAUAAGAUAUGUCUGACGGAGAGUGACCUGUGUGAUGGUAUCCGGCAGUGUAAAGAAGGUUUUGACGAGAUGUCAUGUGGUAACCCCUACAUCCUCCCCACCCUGGUCAGCCUUGCAGCCAUCCUGGUGAUCGUGAUCAUCAUGUGUGCAGUUUAUAAACUGUGCCUCUACCGCUACUCCUCCACUCGCGUCAACAACGACCAGUCCACCUCCUGUUCCACUAUUUUCCUCAAAAAACACGCCUCAGAGACCAGAAUAGACCUUGAUCAGCUUGAGCCAUCCGACAAAAGUUCGGAGAUGAGCGACGAGCAGCAUGCGCUGUGCGACGAGCACGCACUGCGCGCUGGAGAAGAGCCGACGCGGUGCGAUAAUUGCGUCCAGUAUCCGUCCCAAGAAGAGGACGAACUAACGGAGGACGAGACCAGUGUGGGAAGCAGCACUCAGUGGGUCUCCACCACCAUAUGAGGAAUGAGUUCUCAACACGUGACAUUAGAGUUCAUAGUCACUUUAGUGUUCAGCUAGCUACCAAAAUUAUUAUUAGGUCACCAGAGCAAAACAGAAGGAAGAAGCUCCAGUGAUUGGUGGUAAUCCCAGUGAGGUUAACUUAGACUUCCAGCAAGUGACCACUCACACUUUGUGGCAGCCACAUUGAAACCUGAGUGGUGAAGUGGAAGUGAAACUACCGCUACCACACCACAUGAACUAGAGUAGAUAUAGUCAUUAGUAAAGCAGAUCGAUAGCCAAGAUUUGGUUUUUCUUUGAUACGAUUUUAGUUUAUUUAAGUUUUGUAAAGUGUAAAUUGUGAUGAAAAUUUAGUUUUUCUAU